AUGUCUUUCUUACAUUCUCAUUCUUGUGAAUGUUUAAAAUCAGAAUUGGAUCUUUUUACUUUACCACCAACUCAAACAGCUAUAGAAAGUUCACAAUGGGUGCACUACAAACCUGUUGCAUCCCUCACAGAUGACUCACCGAUAGAAUUCGUCGUUCCUGGUCACGGAGAUGAAUAUAUCGAUCUUCCUCAUACUAUGAUCAGUCUCAAAGUUCGUUUAAUUGUACCAGCAAGAACUGCAGAAAACGCCGACAACAUAAGUAAAAUAGGCCCAGUAAAUAAUUUAUUACAUUCUAUGUUCAACCAGAUUAAUGUCUACUUUAACCAAAAACUUGUCUCACCACCAAAUAACGCUUAUGCAUAUAGAGCCUACAUUGAAACUUUACUCAACUACAAUAACGUAGCAAAAACCACUCAUCUUACAUCUUCGUUAUGGUCUAACGACACUGCUGGUAAAAUGGAAGAAUUUGGUGAUGAAAAUAAAGGUUUAGUUGAACGUCGAAAAUAUCUAAGUGAUUCUAGAAGAAUUGACAUGGUCGGACAUUUACAUUGUGAUGUUUUUAAUCAAGAUAAAUUUUUACUUAACGGUGUGGAAUUACGAUUACGACUUGUUCGCUUAAAAGAUGCCUUUUGUUUAAUAGACCCCACAGGAGUAUCUUCCUUACACAUCGAAGAAGCUUCUUUACUUGUACGUAGAGCAAAAAUUAGUCCUGGGGUUUUAAUUGGUCAUGCCAAGGCUCUCUCUAGUGGUACCGCUAAAUAUCCUAUAACUAGAGUAGAGGUAAAGGCCUUGUCACUUCACGCUGGUAUUCACAGUGAAACUCUUGAUAAUGUUAUACUUGGUCAACUACCUAAAAGAAUUAUUAUAGGAUUCGUCGAUAAUACAGCUUUUAACGGCUCUCGAAAUAAAAACCCUUUCAACUUUAAACAUUAUCAAAUCAACCACUUUUCACUCUACGUAGACGGAAUGCAAAUACCUUCUAAACCACUAUUAACAGACUUUUCAAAAGAUAAACUUUAUGUUGAAGCUUACCAAACUUUAUUUACUGGGACUGGUAUUCACUUUCUUAACGAAGGAAAUAAUAUUAAUCGUUUCGACUACGCAAAUGGAUACUGUCUUUUUGCCUUUGAUCUUACACCUGAUCUCUCUGCUCAUUGUUUCUCUCAUUGGAAUCUUAUAAAACAUGGAGCUUUAAGAAUAGAACUACGUUUUGAAGAAAUGCUACAAGAAACUAUUAAUUCUAUUGUAUAUGCCGAAUACGACAACGUUCUAGAAAUUGAUGCAUCUAGACAGGUUAUAACAGAUUUUGGAGCUUAA